UAUACUAGAGUAUAGUAUAGCAUAUUUAUUCCAUUGGAGAUAUUAUAAGUUAGCUUAUAAAAACGUGUUUGUGGAAUUUAAUGUAUUAACUAAUGUAUUUGACGUGUCAUUUAUAAACCCACUUUAUCGUUUCAGUAUCCUGCCACAAAGUGACCCAUUUAAAGAAUUUUGUUGACUUUAUCACAUUUCGCACACAGUAAUGUGUAUCUCAUAUAACGGUUGCGCCAGCCUUAUGUGUUGAUAUUUAUAGCUGCCUUUUCAGUGGACUUAAAUGUAUCAUAUAUGAACACAUAACACACACCGAGAAUCACUUGGGCACGCUGUAAUCUCCUCUAAUCUACACAGGGGCGCGCCCGCCAGACACCGGACCGCCUGAUGGGAAGAGGCAGUGGUGCACUCUCGGCGGCGCGCUGCCGGGCUGCACUUCGCUCCUGCACUUCAGCGUCCCGUCGAGUGAUCCCAAGCAGCACUCAAGAUGACCAUCAACACCCUGGCCAAAGGAGCUUGUCACCGGGAGCAAAUGUCAUGCUUUCGAAAGAUGGAGAGAGUGAUUGUAGCGAUGCAGGACCCUGACAUGGGCAUGAAGAUGAGGAACCAGAGGCUCCUCAUCACUGUCAUUCCGCACGCCAUGACAGGUCGUGAUAUAAUAGACUGGUUGAUCCAGAAAUACAAUAUCUGUGAGGAGGAGGCGCUGCAUGUCGGUGGCAUGCUGGUGAAAUACGGGUAUAUUUACCCUCUGAAGGAGCCGAGAUCUCUCGUGCUACGGCCUGAUGAGUCUCCCUACCGCUUUCAGACUCCGUACUUCUGGAUUAGUACCCGGUGGCCUGCCACAGAGCUGGACUAUGCAAUCUAUUUGGCUAAAAAGAAUAUAAGAAAACAAGGAGAACUCAUGGAAUAUGAAAAGGAGAGGUACAGUGUGUUGCACAAGAGGAUCAACCACACAUGGGACUUUGUGGUGAUGCAAGCCAGAGAGCAACUCAGGGCAUCCAAGCAGAGGAGGAAGGCUGACCGCAUUGUCCUAGAAUGUCAGGAGCAGGCUUACUGGCUCAUCAACAGACCCCCACCGGGGGUGCAUAAUAUGUUGGACAUGGGUCUCGAGAAACCAAACAGCUUCAGCUCACGUGUGACACUGAUCUAGAACAGUGACUACUACAAAAAUGAGAUUGAAACCUGUCGAAGGGCCCUUGGAAGAAACCGUGUUAAGUCAUCCAUCUGUCUAGAAGGCUUUGUGAAACACAGUGAGCAGUACCUGAACCAUGAUCCCAUCAUGCAAGGCUGCCUUCCCAGUAACCCGUGGAUCUCUGAUGACAACGCACACUGGACAAUGAAUGCAGACGUGGUGCCCAUACCAACACGCCUCCGAGUGGAGCGCUGGAGCUUCAGCUUCAUGGAGCUCCUCAAAGAUUCCAUGGGGAGGCGUGAGUUCAUGACCUACCUGGAGAAAGAGUUCAGUGCGGAGAACCUGUGCUUUUGGCAGGCCUGUGAGGAUGUUAGACAUGGAGAAAGUUCCAAGAUCAUAGAGAAAGUGGAGGAGAUUUACAAAAACUUCCUGGCUCCUGGAGCUGCCCGCUGGGUGAACAUCGACAGUAAGACGAUGGAUAAAACUCUGGAAGGGAUCAGACACCCACAUCGCUUUGUCAUGGACGACGCACAAUUGCACAUCUACUUUCUCAUGAAGAAGGAUUCUUACCCAAGAUAUCUUAAGUCUGACCUAUACAAGAACCUGCUGGACAAAGCUGUUGUCCCCCAGGAGACAAAGAAAAGGUAACACUUGACACGAAUCCCCACUUUUACUUUCUUUUA